AUGGAAUCCAACCGAGUUUGCUCCGCAUGCGGAGAAUCAGCAAGCACGCAAAUCGCGUUAAAUUGCCUCCAUAUUAUUUGCCAUCCAUGCUCAACAACCACGAUCCAAUUUAAGAACCGUUGGCAAAUGCGAUGCUUCUGCCAACAAAUCACAAACGUCACCAUCCAACCCGACAAUAACAGUCGAUCUAUAUCCGAACGAACGCCCCUUCUCCUCCAUGUCACUUCCGCUUCACACCUUCUAGUAAGUUCGAUUGCUCGUUGUUANCAAUCUGUUGUUGCACAGCCAGGCCGUGAUAUGUACAUACCUUCACAUGCGCGACCAUCUGUUUUUCUCUAUCGCUCACAUAGUUUCUCUUUUUACAUGUUUGGCGAUGUUUCGAUGUAUUGUACGGUACGACGGCCUGUUUCUAGUGAUAAAGAUGAUUCGAAUUUCUUUCCUCGUUUGGCUGCCACUCUGCCAAAUCCGGUAGAUGCUGGGUUGUCGAAGACUUCAUAUUGGGAUAGUCCGGUUGCUGUACAAGCUUCAGGAGUUAGUUGGCAAGUUGCGGCGCAGUCAGGUGUAGUCGAAACUGAAGGUGUUCAUGGAGAACGUGCUGUUAUUGAUGGAACAGUUUCGGAUAAGAUGUUUCCAUUGAAUAUUUGCAGAAUAUCAAUAUGA